AUGACUUAUAAGGCCACACUGAGCCUGCUUUCCACACAAAAGAUGUUUGUUCCCAACUUCACUUGUGACAAGCAGAACCAAUUGAUAGCUAUCAUUGGCGGAUGUUUCUCUGAGAUCUCUGUCAAUAUGGCUUUCAUUUCAGCCACCCACAAAAUUCCACAGCUCCCUUACGGAUCAUUCUUGCCAUUUAAAGGUUCCAAAAUGCUAUUCCCUUUUCUGUACCAAAUGGUCCCAACUGAAUCCUACCAGCAAAUGGGAGUUGUGAGAUUAUUUCAGCAUUUUGGAUGGAAAUGGGUUGGGGUUGGUGCUGUGAAUGAUGACAAAGGGGACAGGUUUUUACAGACAAUGAUGCCAAUGCUUGCUCAAAAUGGAAUCUGUUAUGCCUUCAUAGUAAGAAUGCCAAAAUGGGAUUAUGUGGAGGAGAUGAUAGACUUGAUUUUAAAGCAGUUUAAAAAUUAUGAAGUUAUCUUUGAGAAUAAUGCCAAUAUAUUUUUUGUAUAUGGAGAACCUCCAUCCUUUCAGAUUGUGAGGAUAUUUAUUUUUCUAGCAACCUAUAUGGAAUGGCCUCCCCUUGGUAAAGUGUGGAUUAUUACAUCCCACUGGGAUUUCACAUCAGUGUCCAUUCAGAAGACAUGGGAUAUGCAAACCUUCCAUGGUUCCAUAUCCUUCACUGCUCACUCAAAUCAGCCACCAAGCUUUCAAAAAUUUCUUAAGGAGAUAACGCCUUUUGGGGUGAAAGGAGAUGGAUUUAUCCAGGACUUCUGGGAACAGGCAUUCAGCUGUUCAUUAAAGAAGCAGGAGGAAGCCUAUAAGGAAACAUGCACUGGGGAAGAGAAGCUGGAGAGCAUUCCUGGGAUUUUAUUUGAAAUGAAGAUGACUGGCCAUAGUUACAGUGUCUACAAUGCUGUCUAUGCUGUGGCACAUGCUUUGCACAACCUAUACAGAUUGAGAUUGAAGCAUAGAAGGUUGUUAGAAGAUUGGAGAUUGGUGUUGCAGAAGAUCCAUCACUUUCUAAAGCUCAUCAUAUUCAAUAACAGUGUUGGAGAAACAAUACAUUUUGAUGACAGUGGAGAAUUAGUAACAGGCUUUGAUGUUACAAAUUGGAUGAUGUUUCUGAAUGCGUCAGUGGUUAGAGUAAAAGUUGGAACACUAGAUCCUCAGGCUCCUCGAGGCAAAGAGUUAACCAUUCAUGAUGACCAAAUUAUCUGGCACCAAAGCUUUAAUCAGGUACUACCAGUUUCUGUGUGUAAUGACAACUGCUAUCCUGGCUACAACAGGAAAAAAAAGGAGGGAGCAAAAUUUUGCUGCUAUGAUUGUGUGCCGUGUCCAGAAGGGAUGAUCUCUGAUAAGAAAGACAUGGAUUGCUGCAUUAAUUGUCCAGAAGACCAAUAUGCCAAUGAAAACCAAACUCAGUGCAUUCCAAGGAUUAUAAGCUACCUUACUUACAAUGAAGAUUUGGGGAUCAUCUUAUUUAUUAUGGCUAUUUCUCUCUCUUUUGUCGCAGCUUCAGUUCUUGGAAUUUUUAUGAAGCAUAAGGAGAGUCCAAUAGUAAAAGCUAACAACCGGAACCUCACCUACAUCCUUCUUGUUUCCCUCCUCCUUUGUUUCCUCUGUUCCCUGCUCUUCAUUGGACAGCCUGGAACGGCAACCUGCCCUCUCCGACAAACAGCUUUUGGCAUCAUCUUCUCUUUGGCCCUCUCUUCUGUAUUGGCAAAGACCAUCACUGUGGUUCUGGCCUUCAUGGCAACCAAACCAGGUGCCAAAAUAAGGAAAUGGGUUGGCAAAAGAACAGCAAAUUCUAUUAUCCUUCUCUCCACUUUUAUUCAAGUUGGUGUUUGUACUCUUUGGUUAAGUACCGCUCCUCCAUUCCCAGAUACAGACCCACACUCAUUCUAUGGGGAAAUCAUACUAGUUUGUAAUGAGAAUUCAGCUACCAUGUUUUACUGUGUUUUGGGCUAUAUGGGCUCUCUAGCCAUUAUCAGUUUCAUUGUGGCUUUUCUAGCCAGGAAGUUACCUGACAGUUUCAAUGAAGCCAAGUUCAUCACUUUCAGCAUGUUGCUGUUUUGUAGUGUGUGGUUAUCCUUUGUUCCCACCUAUCUGAGCACCAAAGGAAAAUACAUGGUGGCUGUGGAGAUCUUCUCCAUCUUAUGCUCCAGUGCUGGGUUACUGGGUUGCAUCUUUUUCCCUAAAUGCUACAUCAUUGUGCUGAGGCCUGACCUAAAUAGUAGAGAGCAUAUAAUGCAAAGGAAAAUAUGA